AUGUUUGCAGAAAGAAAGAAUGCACUUCUCACGAAGCGUGCUACGACCAGCGUGAACCGCAAGCUUGGUGCAGAUUGGACGAGAAUCAGUCGUGGACGUAAGAGUAUUUUUCUAUGUAAUUCUAAACGAAUUACCGGUGUUUGCGCGUCAGUAAAUGCAAACAUACUGAAAAGUGUAUAUUAUUUAGAGACAAAGGUUGCUUCUGUGAUGAUAAAUUGCAUUCAUGCGUUAUCGAAAGAAAGAACAGUGGCAAGUUGGAAUAUUCGUAUUGUGCGCCUCAAGAAAGUUGGCAAUGCUCGUAAAUGCUUAUAA